AUGUCCCAGGACUUGCACAAGGUCGUCGCACAGCUCGCAAGCGGAAAUGAUUGUUCGGAGGCCGAGGCUUUCGCAGAGCUCCGGCAAUGCAAGGAGGCAUUGUCCAAGCCUUUCACGUUCCGGAGCCGCGAGGAUACGAUGGACCUACCGAGCUUGGCUCGUAGUAUCAUGGCGGAAAGGCCGAGGCUGGCAACAGAACACUUGGUGAAGCUGGUUGACGAGGUUAGUCGCGUGCUGCGCUUGCACCAGAGUGACUGUUGCACGCUCGUGGAGCGUGCUCUGUCUCUCGGCGUGGCCCUGCAAGAGGUGCCGAGGAAAUGUGCUGCCAUCUUCUACCGGGAGUGCCACUUCCAGGCCCUCUGCCUUCACGACAUGGGCCAGGGCCUGGCCCAGAACCCCCCACGGAAGUCCAGCCUGGCAUUCUUCGGCCUCCUAGGAGGCCGGCGCUGCAUUGCAUCGCUUUUUGAAGCACUGGGCUUGCUCCUGCGCGAUUUGACGGGCGAGCGGGCUGGAGAUCAGGUCUUCCUCGUCCAUGCCGGCACGAUGAUCCAGCUUCUGGUGGAGACCUUGCUGGCAUAUUUCACAACCUUUCAAGCGACGGUGGAGGAGGCGGAACAGGUCCUCUCCUUGCUGCCGCACGUGGUCACAAGCCAACAUGCUCCGAUCGGCCAGGGCUUCACGGUGUCUGACCUGGACCUGGUCUUGAGGGAGGAGCCUGGGGCGAUAGACAGAUCGAAGACGCAGGAGCACAACGAUGUGAGCAUCAAGCUUUGUCUGGUCCUGGUGUGCAUGUGCCACUCGCAGGUCUCCGGUGAUGCGAAGCUCGCCCCGGCAAAGCUGCGUGAAGACGUCCUGCCAUCGCAGAUCAGACUGCAGGACUUGGCGGCAGAGGCAGGGAGCUUGCUAUUGGGCCCGUUUGGCCAGAAGCUCCGAGCAGGCAACUACUGGAAUGAGGAAAGCCAACUCGGCCAAUUUUUAUGUUUUGCCAUCAGUGGCGUUCUGCUUGAAGAUGAUCAUGCGCUUCGUGGCGGCUACGUGCGAUGGCACUUUUUCCAUUUCCUUCUGCAUGAGGUGUUAUUGUCAGCAGUGGCUGUACCAGACACCUGCACUGGCUUGUUGGUGCUGCGCUGUGUGAGCGAACUUCUCCAGCGAGCGCUGCUUCCGGUUGGGCGACGAUGGACAGCGGUGAAGAAGCUGGAAGC